AGCUUUAAUUAUUUAUGAUAAAUGAUAGCCUGUAUUAUAUUUACUCUGUAUAUAUCAAUAUGUUGCGUAGUUGAGUCCUUUUUUGUCGGUCGGUCGAGUAAGCUCUUGAGCCAAAGUUCACUCGUAGGAAGACAUUGUAACUAUUUAAAAUACAAUUUAAGCUAUAAAAAUGAAAUAUUGGACACAGUCAGAGGAGCUCAAUGUUAUCUUCCUGGCGAACAAAGAAUCCAGAGAUGGAUUCAAGAGAAGUGGAAAGAGCUCUCUGAAGAUUUUGGAUUCCAGGAGUAUUCGAUGAGUGUUUUGGCACCUACAAAAAUAUUUGAAAAUGCUAACACUUCAGAGGAUAAUGAACACUUCAAAGAAUUAUACACUUUUAAGGAUGCUAAAGGUCGUAACAUCUCUCUAAGAGGAGAUGCUACCCCUCAAUUCAUGUGGUUGAUUAGAAGAUUUAUCGACGAUGAACCGCAACUUCCCAGCAAUAUUACCAAGUUCUAUGCGAUAUCUGACUGUUGGAGAUAUGAACGCCCAAGUUAUUGCCGACGCCGUAAUCAUACACAGUGGAAUUUGGAUAUAAUAGGCAUUGCCACUUUGGAUGCAGAGAUAGAACUUAUAUAUAUGUUAAUUUCUUUCCUAAAAUCGGUUGGAUUUUCAAGCGAUGAUCUAUAUAUCCACCUGAAUCACAAAGAUUCAACGUCUGCCCUUUUGAAACUUUUAGGGAUCUCUGAAUAUACCCCUGAAUGGCUUUACAAGUUUCAAAAAACCCUGGAUAAAUACAAGAGAAUUUCUGAAAAUGAAUUUUUUGAGUCAUUAAUUAAUAUCGGUCUGACUCAUAUUCAAUGUUCCCGGUUGAGACAGUUAAUUUCAACAUGCUUAUCGAUAUCCGAUAUUGAAAACAUCUUUGGCGAGAGUGGUGGUUUUGUUAAACAACUAAGGACUAUAUAUAAUGGAUUGUCUUUCCUUGGGAUUUCAGAUUGGAUAAAAAUAGAUUUAACUAUCGUGAGGGGAAAUGAUUAUUAUACCGGUUUAGUCUUUGAAUGCUUUGACAGACACAAUAUCUCACAAAGAGCGAUUGCUGGUGGAGGAAGAUAUGAUAAGUAUUUCGGUGAAGCUGAAAACGAUGAGAGAUUAAAAUUUGCUGUUGGGUUGGGUAUGGGUAAUAUAGGCAUCAUAAAUCUAUUAAAGGAGAGAAACCUGGUUCCAAAACAUGAGUGUUCUGUUGAUAUAGUAGUACAUAUUCCACCGAUAGGUAUAAAUAUAGAAUCUAAUCAAAGAAGUAGUUUAUUAUCUUUGGUCAGAAAACUGAGAGAUAAUAACAUAUUCGUAUAUCAGUACUAUAAAUCAGCCAAGUUAAAAAAAGCGCUAGAAUAUGCAGACAAAUGUGCAGCAAAGUUCAUAAUAUCACCAAUGCCUGACGAAGAAUCAUUUUUACUCAAGGAUCUCGGUAAAAAUAAACAAGAGGUAUUAACUGAUACAAAAGAUAUCGCAGAUGUAAUAUUAGAGCGAUUAAAUAAUUAUAACACCUAA